GUUGACUGAGUGAUUGACAAAACGAGUGAGUUUGGUUCGACCAACCAACAGAGAUUCACUAGUUUAUGUUUAUGCGUGUAUGGCUCUACUGACAGCUAAAAGUAGAAAAAUAUGUUUUUACUGUGACGGAAGUGGUUGUUAGAAGGCAAUGCAUAUCCACAUAAGAUUGCGUUGUUACCUGGUCAAAUUUCCACGCUUUGCACGUGUUUGCAGGAACUGACCAUUCGCUAAGCCCCUCCCUAGAACGGCCAUUGUCCAAUCCUAGGUGAGCAACCGUAACUCGACGCGAGUGGCCUGGCAAACUUUUUUCAGACGAGAGCAAAUUGCCGAAAUCGUGUACCUAAGGAACCUGAAACUCCGACAGUAGGUUAUUGCGUUUCCAAAGCCAAAAACACAAGAGGAGAGAUGCAGUAUGAGGAUUAAACAGUGUGGGAGACCUCAUUCACAGCUAAAUCCUUCCAAAAUCACUAAGAACACCUUCGUCUGCUCUAAGCCGCUGUUCCCUUCAUGGAGGAGUGCAAGCCGUCCUCUCUGUCCCUCCCCCCUAUUAGAAGAGUGGUGGACUCCACCAAGUUGACUGACUCCAUCAGCCAAUCAGAAUCCUUGCCUGGCUCUAUGGAAUGUUUAAGCUCCGCCUCUUCAGGUGGAUGCGUGAAGGCUGAACCUGUGAUCGACGGCACAGAUUACACAGGGGUGGAGCCAAAAGCAAGACUGAACAGAAGUGACGACACAGAAGAGGGGACAGAGUGGAAGACUGCGUGUGGGAUGACCAAGGAGGAAAAAGACAGACUAUCCAACAUGAAGGAGGAGGAAGAGGAAAAGGAGGAAGGUGGGGAGAGGCAGAGUGUGAAAAUGGAGAGAGAUGAUGGUGUGAAAUACAGUGAGGGACUUGGGAGAGAGCAGGAAAAAGUGAAGGAUGAACAGCAGAGGAACGGUGUAACUGAGCAAACCUGUCAAACUCACAGAUGUGAGAAGAAGAGAGGAAAAUCAGAAUAUGGUCAACAGGAAGAGGCGGGGAUCUCCACUCUGGUCACUGCCUGCCUGCUGGAACAGCCAAGAGUGCUGAUUUGCCGACUUAAAAUCGCAGAUAUUUCGGUUUCUGUGUCGCCACCUCCUCCUCAUCCCAUGGCCAGUAAAGAAGACUGGGGAGUGAAAGUUCCACACACACUGGAGGGAAGUUGUUCACUGAGGCGGAAGGGCCAGGUCAUGACCCGGAAGAGAAAGAUGAUUGGCCAGUUGGAGAUACCUCAGAAACAACUGCCAGCUCCAUCAGAGAAUAGGUUAUGUGUUGAAGCUUCCCAUAAACCUCUCGUCAUCUCCCCCAGGAACCAAAACACAGGACGGACUUUUGAGGCAUCGUCUCAGGUCUUUGCCUGCUCCCAGUGCCCAUUUUUCCACAGCGAACAGCUGAAUCUUCACCAACACAUUGAGAAGGUUCAUCCAGAGGAGCUCAGAUGGACUCUGAAGGUGUCUGAAGGAAGUGGAGGCGAGAAGCUUUCCAAAAGCAGAACACAUCAGCACCCCAAACCCACUAAGACAGUCCCCACCCCAACACAGGCUCACCCGGGCACUUCAGGGGCCCACACAUGCCCCCAGUGUGGGAAGAGCUUCAAAUUCAAGUCAAUGCUGACAAAACACCAGCGAGCUCACUCAAGAGAGCGUCCAUACCACUGCUCCCAGUGCGGGAAGAGCUUCAAGUACUCAGCUUGUCUGAAAGCACACCAGAAAACUCACACGGGGGACUCCCCGUACCAGUGCACCCAGUGUGGAAAAACCCUCAUAUCAAAAUCAGGAUUGAAAAUCCACCAGCAAAUUCACACAGGGGAACGGCAGUACCACUGCUCCCAGUGUGGGCUGAGUUUCACCCAAUUGUCGAAUCUGAACAAACACCAGCGAAUCCAUACAGGGGAGCGUCCACACCACUGCUCCCAGUGUGGGAAGAAUUUCAGGGAAUUGGCAGACCUGAUCAGGCACCAACGAGUCCACACAAGAGAGCGUCCAUUCCACUGCUCCCAGUGUGGGAAGAGCUUCAGGUGCUCACGUUAUCUGAAAGCACACCAGAAAUCUCACACAGGGGAAUCCCCAUACCAGUGCACCCAGUGUGGAAAAACCUUCAUAUCAAAAUCAGGAUUGAAAAUCCACCAGCGAAGCCAUACAGACGAUCGGCCUUACCACUGCUCCCAGUGUGGAAAGAACUUCAAAUUAAAACCAUCAUUGACGGUCCACCAGCGAACUCAUACAGGGGAACGCCCAUACCACUGCACCCAGUGUGGGAAGGGGUUCGGCACCUCGACACAGCUAGCCACACACCAGCGAAUCCAUACAGGGGAGCGUCCAUACCACUGCUCCCAGUGUGGGAAGAGCUUCAUGUACUCAACGUGUUUGAAGGAACACCAGAAAACUCACACGGGUGAAUCCCCGUACCAGUGCACCCAGUGUGGAAAGAAUUUCAACCGCUCAGCACACCUGACUAGGCACCAGAGAAUCCACACAGGUGAACGUCCGUACAGCUGCUCCCAGUGUGGGGAGAGCUUCAGGUGGUCAAAUAUUCUGAAGGCACACCAGCAAGCUCAUACAAAGUAGCAUCCAUACCAGUGAUCCCAGUCUGUGAUGCAUUAUGGUCAGCUACGUGUUUUCAUACAUGCGUGUAAGAUGCGCUCCUGCAGGUGGCCUUGCCUCAGAACUGGAGUUGGUCCCUGGGCGCAGCACAAGAGAGGCAGCUGCCCACUGCUCCUAGGUAACUAAGGAAGGGUCAAAUGCAGAGGACAAAUUACCCCACGGGGUUCAGUAUAGUAUAUCUUCUUCUAUUAACGAGACCAUACGGGUUCAUAUUCUGACACUAUGGCCCAGGAGAAGAGCCAUUCAGUUUAGUGCUGCCCUCAGUGUGGGAAACUAUUAAGCUUUUAUCAGGGAACACGCAUACAUCAUAGGGGGACUCACAAAGGGGAUCUUAUGGUGCUGUAAAGGAGUAUUUUCCCCCUUCCUGAUGUCCUCUUUUGUAAAGCGGUUUCGGUUUCAGAUCCUUAGGCAAAAUGUAAUAUUAGACAAAGGGAAACCUUAGUAAACACUACUCGUGAUUUCAUUUAUUAAGGGAUAUGUUAUGAAACACCCAUAUCACCAAUGUGAAAACUAAUUUACUCAAUCAGCCAGUUGAACUAAUGCAUUUGAUAAUUGGAUGCAACUGAUUGAACACAGCUAGGCUUGAUUGUAGCCAGCCUUGAUCAAUCUAAACCUCACUCAUAUUGAACAUUACCAUCACAAUAAAGUAGUCCCCGCAAAGUUACUACAAACACACUAUGCCACGAUCAAAAGAAAUUCCAGAAGAGAUGAGGGGAAAAAAAAGUUGUUGAAAUAUAUCAGUCUGGUUACAAAACCGUAUCUAAGGCUCUGGGACUCCACUGAUCCACAUUAAGAGCCAUUAUCUGCAAAUGGACAACACUUGGAACGGUGGUGAAUUUUCCCAGGAGUCGCUGGCCUGCCAAAAAUUUCUCAAGGGCCCCAGUGACAACUCAUCCAGAUGGUCACAAAAGAUCCCAGACGAACAUACAAAGAACUGCAGUUCUUUCUAGCCUCAGAUAAGGUCGCCGUUUAUGACAAUAAGAAAGAGACUGGGCAAAAAUGGGAUACAUGAGAGCGAAGGGUGGAAACCACCGCUAGCAAAGAGAAGCUUCAGUGCUCAGCUCACAAUUGAAAAAAGCACCUGGAUGAUCCCCCAACUUUCUGGGAUAAUGUUCUAUGGACGAAUAUGUAAAAAUUGGAACUUUUUGGACGACACAGACGUGGCGUAAAGCAAAUACAGGAUUUUGCACGACAAACAUACCAACAGUCAAACAUGGUGUUGGUUGUGUGAUGGUGUGGGGAUGCUUUGCUGCCUCGAGAACUGGACAACUUGCGGUUAUUGAGGGAACCGUGAUUUCUGCUCUGUGCCAGAAAAUUUGUAAAUAGAAUGUCCGGUCGUCUGUCCAUGAACUGAAGCUGAAGCAUAAUUGGGCUACGCAGCAAGACAGUGAUCCCAAACAUAAAAUUAAGUUCACGUCUGAAUGGCUGAAAAGAAACAAAAUAAAAGUUUUGGGAGUGGCCUACUCAGAGUCCUGAGUUGAACCCAGCAGAGCCUUCGGUGAUGGGACCUGAAACGAGCAGUUCGCGUUCGAAAACCAACGGAUUUGUCUGAAUUAAAGCAGUUCUGCAAAGAAGAGUGGGCUAAAAUAACUUGACAGCGCUGUGAAAGACUGAUAUCAAAUUAAAGGAAGCGUUUGGUUGCAUUUUGUGCUGCUGGGGGUGGUGGUGCAACCAGUUAUUAAGUUUAAGGGGGAAAUAACUUUUUCACAUGGGUGAUAUGGGUUUUUGAUUACUUUUUUCCUUAAAUAAAUGAAGCAAUUAAACAACAUAUCUUUUGUGUUUACUCGGGGUCCCUUUGUCUAAUAUUACAUUUUUGUCUAUAUAUCUGAAGCCAUUUAACGUGACAAAUGGGCAGGAAUAGACAAGAGGCAAAUACUUUUUCACGAGACUGAAGUCUAAGGUUUUUGGUCAUCUGUUUCCACCUUCAUAAUGAGGUGUGAUUGGAAGCAGAAAUUAUGAUUUUUAAGAAGCACAAAUUACUUCCCGGUCCCAUCGAUCUGUUCUGGUGGAAGUGUGUGUGUGUAUAUUGCAAUUGUGUUCUGGGAGCGAUGCUGACAUCCAUUUUUGUAAGUUUCUCUGGGUAAGAAUGUUUGUAAAAGUAAUUGCAGUGUGAUGUGAUGUGAUGCACUUGCUCCUGCUGCAGUUUUUGAGGUAUUGUAUCUGCCCUGAGCUGAGUUUGCAAUGCAGAACUGUACAAUAAAACACAGAACUACAGAAAGGA